AUGGAGGCGCCACACGAAGAGGUGAAAAUAGAAAACCAAGAGCAGAUUGAAGACGUUGGUACGCCAAUCCUGCCAUCCCACACGCCUUUGUCGGAAAUCAUCGGACCCGCCUCGCCGCUGGCCCAGCGAUUGGCCCUCCUCGAGAAGUCCCUCCGUGUCCGUACAGCCGAGGACCUCCUCAAGGUGCCCAAGGCCGAGCUCAAGCGCGUACUGCCCGGGGCCGCCGUCGAGGCGCGCAAUCUGCUGCACGAGGUCUCAAUCCAUCUCUGCCCGGCCCCACUGCCGGCCCUCGCCCUCGCCAGCGACCCGAGCUUCACCCACAAGCUCAAGCUGGGCUGCCCCCUGCUCGACCAGUGCCUCGGCGGCGGCCUGCUGCCGCGCCACAUCACCGAAAUCGCGGGCGAGGCGGGCAGCGGCAAGACGCAGCUCUGCCUGCAGCUGGCCCUCCAGGUGCAGCUGCCGCCGGAGGAGGGCGGGCUGGGCGGCGGAGCGAUCUACAUCGGGACGGAGGGCAACUUCCCGCAGCGAAGGCUCGACCAGCUGCACGAGGCCUUCCGACACAAGCACGCCCACGUGUUCCCGCCGCGGCGCAAGGGGUUCGACCUGCGCGACAACAUCUACAUCAAGCACGUCGGGUCGAUCGACCAGCUGUUCCACUCCAUGCUCAAGCAGGUGCCGCCACUGGUGCAGCAGCGCAACGUGCGGCUGGUGAUCGUCGACUCUAUCGCCGCGCUCCUGCGCUACGAGUACGGCAGCGGCACGAGCCAGAUGGUCGAGCGGUCGCGGGUGCUCUUCUCGCAGGCCAACCAGCUCAAGCAGAUCGCCGACCAGCUGCAGGUGGUCGUGGUGGUCAUCAACCAGGUCUCGGACUACGUCGAUGACUCGCGGCUGGUACUGUCCGACUUUGCCGCCCACAAGAAGCGCGUGGUGCCCGCCCUGGGUCUGGCCUGGUCCAACUGCAUCAACUCGCGCCUGCUCCUGUCCAAGACACGCUCCACCUACCGCGGCGCCGUCUCCUCCUCCACAGUCUCCAACGCGUCCGAUGAUGAUGGCGAAGGCGAAGAAGGCCAGGAGCGAAAGCCAAAGAAGCGACGAGUGAGCAAUGAGGUGACGGUGGGCAUCAGGGACAUGAAGGUCGUCUUCUCCCCGUACAUCCCCAACAACUCGUGCUCCUUUAUCAUCGAAGGCGACGGCGUGCGCGGGGUCGAGUGA